UCGAUCAUUGGGAAAAGACUGGGCUAGAUUUCCUUGUGGCGGAGAAAUGUGAUGUGCAUGCGAUAUGAGUCGGACGAGUGCGGAGCGCGGAUUCGUUUUAAUACGUUAACAGAUUCCUUUCGCACUUUUCAAAUCGUAGCCAUACGGACGCAAACUGAGUAGUAUUUCUCUUCGGUGCUUCGGGAAAGUGUUGCGGAUCGCACUUGGCGAAAUCGCUACUUUGUUUCUCUUAUGCGUAAUAGGCGCGGACGGUGCGCGUUACCCCAAAGCGGCCACGUCUUAAUAAAGUUACGCGUCCCAGAAAGGAGUGAAGUUGGAGGGCCCGUGGAUCACUUAAACCGUGGAGUACUCUUGAGUCUCACUGGAUGGAUGGAUGGGUAUGGGGAGAGCAGGAUCUUACUACCCCGGGGCUGAGCGCCUCAUCUCUCCUGUACUCUAUCUACUAGUGCUGCUCACCAUCUCUUGUGUCACUCAUAUAGGUGAGGGCCAGGUGCAAACUCCACAGUGCCGGAUUCAGAAGUGCACCACUGACUUCGUCUCGCUCACCUCCCACCUCAACCCUUCGCUGGAUGGCUUUGACACCGAAUUCUGCAAGGCGCUGCGAGCCUAUUCCGCCUGCACCCAGCGGACCUCCAAAAGCUGCAGGGGCAACCUGGUGUUCCAUUCAGCCAUGCUGGGCAUCAGUGACCUCAUGAGCCAGAGGAACUGCUCUAAGGAUGGACCCACAUCGUCCACCCAUCCUGUCAUCCCCAUCGAACCGUGCAACUACCACAGCCGGCAUCACCAUGUUUCGCAGCCUGGGGUUCCGGAAUACCCUCGGCCCACAUACCUGUUCUGCGGCCUGUUCGGGGACCCCCACCUUAGGACUUUCAAAGACCAUUUUCAGACCUGUAAGGUUGAAGGGGCGUGGCCUCUCAUUGAUAACAAUUACCUGUCGGUCCAGGUGACAAAUGUUCCGGUUGUUUAUGGAUCCAGUGCCACGGCAACCAAUAAGGUCACAAUAAUCUUCAAACCAUACCAAGAAUGCACAGACCAGAAGGUCUACCAGGCCAUAACAGACGACCUUCCCGCCGCCUUUGUGGACGGCACCAUCAGCGGGGGCGACAGCGAGACCCGCAGCAUCUGGAUCCUGGAGAAGACACCGGGUCGACACGUCGAGAUCCACGCCGCCUACAUCGGUGUCAACAUUAUCAUACGACAACAAGGCCGAUACCUGACGCUGGCUGUGCGGAUGCCGGAGGAGCUGGCCAUGGCCUUCGACGAAACGCAGGACCUGCAACUGUGCAUGAACGGAUGCCCGACAUCAGAGCGCAUCGACCAAGAGGGACAUCUCCACCUGCCCAUGCAGGGCCUCCAGCAGGCCGGCUUGCAGCAGCAGGCGAGGGCCGAGGCCCAGAGGGGGGUCUUCACCCUUGAAAGCGCCUCCAGGAAGUGCAGAGAACAGCUGGAGGUGAAAGACAUCUAUUUCCACUCCUGUGUGUUUGACCUGCUCACCACAGGAGAUGCGAACUUCACCACGGCCGCCUACAACGCCCUGAAGGACAUGGAGACUCUGCACCCCAAGAGGGAGCGCUGGCAAAUCUUUCCGAACUCGGCCGACGGGCUAAGGCCUUUUUCAUUGCUCUCACAUGCACUGCUGGUCGUCUUUCUGCUUGCUGCGCUUUUGUAAUGCGGACAGCGCUCCACUGACUGUUUCGUAAAAAAACAAAAACAAACAAAAAAUAACUUAAGGAUUUAAGAUUGAGAAUGUAAAAAAUCGUAAGGGUAUUCUGUAUAUACUGUCUGUCCUGAGAAUGAAUGUUAGAAUCUUUUGUUAGAUUGUACAUUUAGUGUAAAUUACGUUUUCAUGAGAGCUGAAUAUUGUAGAUUUUUGUGAGUGAAUUUUUGGAAAUAUCAUGUUUUGGUCCUCGGAAGAGGAAAUCUUAAUGGAAGCACUUUAUUUUUUUACGUUUUUUUUUUGCAACUAGAAAACAGUGUUCCGUGAAACCCGUGCUCAAUAUUCUCUGUUAGCGAACUUCCUUGGUACAGGCUGUGCUUUUCUUGAUACAUUUCCGUAGGUCUCCUUACAAAUCAGACCACACCAUUUUACUCUGUAAAACUACGUCAUGAUGUGGCUGGCAUAGCGAUUGUGAGGUUUAAGUACUGUGUGGAUUAGACAUUCACUUCAUUUGUUAAGGUUAUAUAUAUGAAUUGUGAACCGUUGAGUAACAUUUAUCGGCAAAAACAAAAGAAAUAUACAGUACAGCAGACAGCUCGAAGUGCACUUAAUUCGGAAAAUGUUAAUUUCUAAAUUUGUCAGUAGCACGUAACAGUUUUAUCACUCGCAAGUUUUACAAAUGACAAUCAGAAUUUUCUUUGCUUGGUACGAAAUCUGCCUAAUCUUACAUCAAUCAGUCCUGAAGAGCCAGUUGAGACAACGGCUGCGUCCGAAAUUGCCUACUUCCAUACUAGAUAGUAGGCGAUGAUGAGUAUGAGUCAUGAAUAGUAUUUCCAAAACCUUAGUAUGCAAAAAAGAGUACACGAGAAAAACUGCAGAGACUCACGAGUGUGGAUUGGAUGGAAACUCCUCUAUCCCAUGAUGCCACAGGAGCUGAGCAAAUGUCAAAUUUCAAAAGUAAAUCAAAUAAAUAUAGCAAAAAGUGUAAGUGCCAAUAAAUUGAUUCAUCAUGACUAAAUUAUGUUUUUAUAAACGCUCACAAAUAGGUUGUUGUUAAAACAACAUGGCGGACGUAGUGUGUCCGAAAUGUAUUCAUACUACACCCACCCAUACUAUAUAGAACGUAGUAUUUUAACGGCCGAUACGACUUAUUUAAAUGCAGUACAUACUGUCACAGUAUGCGAUUUCGGAUGCAGCCUUCAGUCAUUUAUUUUUCAUAAUAAAAGUCCCCUCUUCUUUCAUUCUAAUAUCAACAUUAACCCCACAGAAUGAACUGGAAAAGGAAUAUUGCGUUUGUUAAACAUCUUAAAUUGUCCUUGUUUUAACCCCGACCAAAGAUAUGACGCAGCUUUCAGAAGCAUAACGCAUUUUAAAUGUUUUGCCAGAUUUAGGGUUCACCUAUGGAUUUUGUUUCGCCAAAAAAAUGGAAGUGAGUCAGACAGACCGUGAAAUAUUGUGUCAUUAUUUGUAGGAUUACUGCAUCAAUAGGAGAUUACAUUUACCAAAAGGAUGCCGAAUGUAUGUGAGCAGUAACAUCAGUCAGAGAUUUGGUUGUGGCAUGGUGGACAUUCAUUCAAACGUAUGGUGAAAUUGAAUCAGACGCCUUCUGGGCCUUUAUGCCGACUGCUUUGCUGUCCAGCUACCAUGGAAGUCCAUACCGACGUUUCAAUACACAACUCUACUGUAGAGACUUCAUUGUUUAUUUGUUCAUUUACAACUACUGUCAGUGCUGAAGAGCUGCUAUAAUACUGUGACAAGUGUAAUAGAUUGUAUUUGGAACACUGGGAGUUUCACAGGCAGUGAUUGGCCGAAUCCUAAAACGGGAUCAUUUGAUCGGUCAAAGGCCUGAAACCGUGUACAGUGGGAUUUUUACAGAGUGCAAUUUACUGCAAAGGAAUGCCUUCAUCCUGUGUUUUUCGCGUUUGAUCUCGUGAUCUCUUACUUUUGUUGUGACCCUUGUUUUCGUGAAGAGUGACUGCUCGAUGUUUAUACUUAAAUUAUUUAUGAAAUAUAGUGUCUUGUUAGAGAAGUUAACCUCCAUACUCUUGCUGUCGAAAAAACGUUUGAGAUGUGAUUGUACUGCCACCUAGUGGGUUGCCAUUGUUACAUCAGUGUUUUAGUAUUGUACGGAUGCUGUUUGAAAAAAAAGAAAAAAAACUGUUAUUUAAAACAAUAAAUGAAAAAUACAUAA